CAUGGGUUCCACCACAUAUUGGUGAAGGAAAAGGAUUGUCCGAAAACGGUGUUCGUACUGUUCGAACGCACGAGGCAAUGGGUUCGAUGCCCUAUGGGCAUUUGCAACGCUCCGUCCACGUUGAACAUGACCUUCCAGAAUUUCAUUACCAAGACCCGGCUAACGCAGAGAAUGGUGAAAUUUUGCGUUAUCAUGUACAUGGACGACAUCCUGGUGUAUUCAGAAUCGUUUCAUGGACAUGCGCAGCACAUUGAAUGGACACUUGGAGUGCUGCGAGAUGCGGGCUUCAAGAUUGCUCUGGAGAAGAGCGAGUUUUUCCUGUCGGAAAUCUUGUUCCUGGGACUGAAGUGGACCAGGGACAGCGAGCACCCCGCCGUAAACGAAGACGUAGAGUUACUUAUUGUUCAAGCUUGGAGAACGGGGGUAGAAGGAGAUUUGUUGGGAUUCGUCUUCGGAUCGGUGGAAGAGGGACAUCGACAGCCGAUCGUGGGGGAGCUUCUAAUCCUCCUAACGCAGCUGCUAGACGAUCUACCAAUCGACGUCGUCUCGCACUGCGACGAGAGCUCGGCGCCGCAUAUUCUUUCGCGCAGCCUGACGCCGUAUCUUCAGUGGUCGGCGUGCUUGGAGGGUAAUUGGGGCAAUCGUAGUUACCCGUCACACGGUAACUACCUAAGCCCCGCAGAGAUAAUCGAUCUUCUCUUCUUGGAUCGAGGUGAGCCGACGUCAGAAGAAGUAGAAGAAGAAGAAGAAGAAGACGAGGAAGAGGGAAACGAAUUGGAAGAUACCUCCGAAGAGGACGGGUAUUAUAGCGAGAACCAGUUGGCAAAAGAGGCCAACAUCAAUAUGCACAACUUUCCUUCGUUCAGCAAGGUGGCCCUAGACCUAGAGGCAAAAAUAGGGCAUGGACAUAACUCAGUGACGGACGGGAAAAAGAAUACCCUGCCUCCUAACUGGAAAGCCAAGGGCCGCAUUAUGUUCGUCGACCAUGAUGGAUCAACCAUUGAGUUGGACGACAACUCCCAGUUAGGAGUAGGUGCAGAGGCAGGUGGCGAUGCUUCAGAGGGUGGAGUAGUCGCCGCCGUACAACAAAAAGGCACCUUUCAGCACGCUAUGAAUCAGAUAUUCCAUGACUACUUGGAUAAGUUUGUCAUCGUGUACCUCGAUGGCAUACUUAUUUUUAGUAAGACUGUCGAGGGGCACGUUGCACACUUGGACAAAGUCCUUAGUCUUCUGCGACAGCACAAGUUCAAGAUCAACGGUGAGAAGUGCGAGUUUGGGCGCACCCGAUUCUUGUACUUGGGUCAUGAGAUCUCCGUGGAAGGGUUGAAGCCCGAUGACGCGAAGGUGGCCAGCAUUCGUGAUUGGCCAGAACCUCAGUCUGUGACUGAGAUGAGAUCUUUCUUGGGAAUGACAGGCUACUACCGGACUUUUGUAAAGAACUAUAGCGUAGUGGCCGCUCCUUUGACUGAUCUGACCCGCCUUGACACCYSGUGGGAGKGGACAGAUGAGUGCGAGGCUGCUUUYAGACAUCUGAAGCAUGCACUAACGCAUUAUGAAGUCUUGAAACUUCCCGAUCCUGAUAAGCCGUUUAUAGUAACCACGGAUGCUAGCCAAUAUGGCAUUGGCGCCGUGCUUGCGCAGCAGGAGGGGUCAAAGUUGAGGCCUGUUGAGUACAUGUCCAAGAAAAUGCUGUCUCAGAACUUGGCUAAGUCCACCUAUGAGAAAGAACUCUAUGUGGUGUUCAAGGCGCUGAUCCAUUGGAGACAUUAUCUCCUUGGGAGGUUCUUCAUCCUCAGGACUGAUCAUCAGACCUUGAGAUGGAUGAGAACUCAGCCUGUACUCUCUGACGCAUUGAAGCGAUGGAUAGAAGUCAUUGAGCAGUAUGACUUUGACCCUCAGUACAUCAAGGGUGAGUACAACAAGGUUGUUGAUGCCUUGUCGCGUAGACCUGACUUCUCAGGUGCGCUGAUUACUAAGUACGAUAUUACGGAUGAUGUCACUCGAUUAUUGGUGGAGGCCUAUCGAGAGGAUCAGUUUAUGUCAGAGAUCAUCCGCAGACUCGAGGCGAAGGACAAACAGGCUUGAGCCGAGUUUGAGAUAGUCAAUGGCUUGCUGUUUCUCGAGAAGGAGGGGAAUAAACGAUUGUGUGUCCCUAGUAGCGAGUCUUUGCGUAG